AUGGGUGACGAAAAUAUAAACACUGCCAACGCUCCUCAAGUGCAAAACAGAGUGAGCGGCAAACAGGAUACAAACGAUCCACUCGGCACUACAAAUGAUACAUCUAGCACCCGAAUAAUUCCAGGGAACGAUGUAGACAAUGGCGUAUUCAACCGCUGUACGCCCAUGGACGACGAUCAGGAAGACUCGGCUGAAGACGAUGACGACGAGGAUGAGGAAGAAGAGGAUGAAAAGGAUUCUGAUGAGGGUGUUGUGCCUAUGGUUGAGGUCAAUAGCGGUAUCUCACCUGAUAUGCAAGAGAAAGAAGACACACAGUCAGACUCGGCCAUAAUAGAGGACCCUAUUUAUAGUUUGGAUGUAUCGGAUAAAGUGUUAGUGGAGACCAUAUCUGUAGAGGCUGUGUCUAUUGCAGAGGAGAGGAAGGGCAGUACGUCUGUAGUGAAUGCAACCAACGGCGGGGAGAAGGCGAUACACGACGAUAGUUCCGAGGACGAGGAUGAGGAUGAUAAUAUGAACGAAAGAGACGCAGAGAAUGUGAAGCUCACUAGUGGUGGUAGUAGCAAAUCUGAGAAUUUAACUGGUUCAAGCGGCAAGCAGCCUGUUACAGCUGUGACUAAUACUAUGGCUGAGAUUGCGGGAGAGAGUUCCGAAGAUGAAGGUGAAGAUGAAGAUGAAGAUGAAGAUGAGGAUAUGCAGGUCAACCCAGUGCAGAGUCGCGCAGAGAACGAUGGAGACGAUGCAGCUGAUGACCUGAACGGUGAGAAAGUGAAAGAUGUUGAGAUGAAGAACACAGACACACCAGAUAAGAUGGAGGAUAGUGUAUUUGAGGAAGGCAAUCAGGGUGAGGACAAAUCGCCGAGUGGUACGAAGCCAAACGUGAGUAGUGCUGAGAACCACGAUAUGAGACCCACGAGUGUGGAUGGGAAGGCAGUUGAUAUGGAUAUGAAUAAGGAUACGAGCAAACCGAACGAAGGUGUCGGUUCAAAGACAUCUGCGAAGACUGAUGCCAGUGGCUACUUUACCAGUGAUGGCGAAGACGACGACGAACCUACCCAAUCGGCCACAGCUAAGGUCAAGGGAACGUCGCACAGCACACCAGUGGACAGUGAAGCAGAUGACACGAAAGACCAAGGUGGUGAAACAAGAUCAUCGAAGGAGAGUGCGAGGGGGAAAGGUGCACCAAAUGUAAGCGAUGGGGAGGUGAGUGGCGAUGAGGCCAGCCAUGCCAGGGAGUCUAGCGGUGACACACGCGCGAGUGUGAGUGCGAGUAAGAUAGACUCGCACAGGCGAAGGUCCAAGAACACGCGUACCAAAGCCUCGAAGAGUACACGGAAAACAUCGACGGAUGCAAGCGACUCGGAUGCGGGAGAUAUGGCGAAUGGGACUGCCGUACCAGCAGGUAGUAGUAGUGCAGAGGAGGGUGAUAAGGAGAGUGUGGCCGCAGGUGCGGAAGGGAAGGCAACACAGAAGAAGAGAGAGUUUGCCAAUGAUAGUGCGUUCAAUAAGGGGCUUGAAGAUGGGUUGUUUGGGGGGAGUAGCAGCGAGGAUGAACCACUACCGAGUGUCCAGCAGGCCCGUAUUAAGGUCGAUCAAAACCAGCUGGCAAGAGACCACCAACGAAUGAUUCGGAGUAAGUACACCAUGAGGCCGUUGUGUCUCGCACACAGAUGGAUGUACGUCGUGGACUUCGGUUAA